AAACGAGCUGCCUGGAUUAUUUAUUUCCGGCCAACGCCAUUUUCGAACUCCUUGUGGGCUUCUGCUUCUACUAGCUGGUAGCACAUAUUCGUAAGAGCCUUGAUCAUAGACUUUGGCGAAUAAAUAACUGAUAUUGAUUAUUUCUUUAACCCUUCCACGGAAACCAGGAUCCGUCGAGAUGGGAGAGCCUGCUCAUCUCAGAGAUUGUCCUCUGGAUUGCAAGGUGUAUGUUGGAAAUUUGGGGAACAGUGGAAACAAAACUGAAUUGGAACGGGCAUUUGGAUAUUACGGUCCUCUGCGAAGCGUGUGGGUGGCCAGGAACCCACCAGGCUUUGCCUUUGUUGAGUUUGAAGACCCCAGGGAUGCAACUGAUGCUGUGAGAGAACUGGAUGGACGGACACUGUGUGGCUGCCGAGUAAGAGUUGAGUUGUCCAAUGGGGAGAAACGCUCAAGGAGCCGCGGACCUCCCCCCUCCUGGGGCCGUCGCCCUGGACGUGAUGACUACAGCAGCAGGCGCCGUGGGAGCCCGCCUGUCAGACGCCGCUCUCCUAGGCGGAGGAGCUUCAGCCGCAGUCGCAGCAGGUCUCUGUCAAGAGACAGAAGAAGAGAUAGGUCUAUCUCCAGAGACAGGAACCAUAAACCUUCAAGAUCUUUCUCAAGGUCCCGAAGCCGUUCCAGGACCGCUGAGAGAAAGUGAGUGUUUGACAGUCUGAACUCGCGGUCCAAACCUGAGGAUGUCUUAUUGAAUCAGGUUCUGGAUGAGUGUUUCAUUUUUAAAUGAUUAACCUUUUAGAUAUUUUUUUUUUGGGGGGGGGUGGGGGGGUCAGACAGCCAUAUCUGUCACUCUCUGAAACAAUUGUCUUUGCAAACUGUAUAGUUCACAAAUUACUAUUGUAGUCUACUGUCUUUGUGCCCUGUUUUCACUUGUUUAAGCUUACAUUUAUUGUCCAUUUACAUAACACCUUGUCAAAUGGGGGAAGUGAUUGGUUUUAAACAUUGUCAGUCCAGCCCAGCCCUCUUGGUGAUAAUUUCCUCUCCCGAAAUUCAGGAACUGUAUAUUGAGUAGCUUAACCCUGCAUGUUAAAUGGGUUAUAGAAUGUGGGAAUCAAAUAACUGUAUUUCUUUCUGUUAAACUUAAGUGAUUGAAUUAAACGUUUCCCUGGGUAUAACUUUUAGAAUCAUUAUUUUGAAUUGUUGUAUUACUUUUGCUUUUGACACUGAAUGUUUCUUAGAAUGAAAAUGGAAGGGUUGAUGUAAUUCAAGGUUUGUCAUUAAAUUGUUCUUAAGAUGGAAA